UGCGCCAACUUGGCUGAUUUAUAUAUUUCCUCCCUUUCUGCGUUCAGAAUAAUACUGUGUGUUCUCUGCUCUGAGAGACACUGUAACCAAACAGACUGACACAAUGGGCUGUGAGAGACGGCUGUUCCUGACUGCUGCUCUGCUGGCUGUCUUUUUAUGCAGUGAUGCUAUCACCGGUGGACGAGAGGCGGAGGCCCACUCCCGUCCAUACAUGGCCUCACUGCAGGUCGCCGACGGAGGCAGGAUGAAACAUGAGUGCGGAGGGUUUCUGGUGGCCGAUCAGUGGGUGAUGAGCGCCGCACACUGCUUCCUCUCUGGGUCAGAAGGGAGGAAGGUGGUCCUAGGAGCUCACUCUCUGAGCGAACCGGAGGAUUCUAAACAAACCUUUGACAUUGUUCAAGUGUUCAGUCACCCUGAUUUCAGCAUCUCUAACUAUGAUAAUGACAUUGCUUUGGUCAAGCUGGACCGGCCAAUCAUUGCCAGUGAUGCAGUAAAGUCCCUGAAGUUCCAGAGUGACGAUGGGGCUGACCCCGCCACGGAACAGGAGGUCAACACGGCGGGGUGGGGGUCACUGAACAACCUGGGGUCGCGUCCUGACAAGCUACAGGAACUGGUCAUCGCUGUGAUGAACCGUGUUCGAUGCGGCCGCAGUGACUACUAUGGCAGGAAGUUCACCAAAAACAUGCUGUGUGCGGCCAGCAAACAGAGUGACACCUGUGAUGGUGAUUCUGGAGGUCCUCUCCUGUAUAAUGGUGUAGCAGUUGGGAUCACUUCAAAUGGAGGGAAGAAGUGUGGAUCCAGCAAGAAGCCUGGUUUAUACACCACCAUCUCCCACUACAGCCAGUGGAUAGACAAGACCAUGACUCAAUAGAAGCCUGGUUUAUACACCCCCAUCUCCCACUACAGCCAGUGGAUAGACAAGACCAUGACUCAAUAUAAGCCUGGUUUAUACACCCCCAUCUCCCACUACAGCCAGUGGAUAGA